GACUUUGUCAUUCUAACAAACUGCCGACAAUCAACAUCACAGAAUUUCCAACUUUGUUUUUCCCCGACAAUGAUUACAUCGCGCCCCAAAGUAGCCCAGUCAUCUUGUGACAUAUUUACACCAUUUGCCCUCCCCAGUGUUCAUAUUUCAUAGGGAUUUUGUUUUUAUUAUUGAUUAUGCAGUUUUGACAAGUGACGUUAAUGAUGAGGUUAUAAGGAAAGUUUUGUGUUUAUUAUUUUCAGUCGUGUUGCGAAUAACAUGGCGAGAGUGCCAUGUUGUUUAAAGGCAGUUAUUGUAUUUUAUUUAAGUAUAUAUAUAAGCGCCAAAUUUGUUGAAGGCCAAGAGAAAUUCGCGCCCGAGUUCUACUCAUUGCAACACAUAAAUUUUACAAAAAAUGAGAACUUGACGAAAGUGUGGUUUGAAGUGCGCGGUAAGAACAUUGUUGAGGGUUUACACAUUAAAGCUACAAGAAAUGAAGCGAAGAAAAAUAGUUUGUGCGAAGGGGAGUUAAGUUACCCGGUACGCGAGGUUUCGUCGAAAUGGGAUUCUGCAGUAUACGAAAUAUCGGUACCACGAGUUGUGGCCGGUAAUCUCUACUUUUGUUUACCGCAUGAAAAUCGUGAAUUUAAAGAAAAUGUGCAUAAGCUUCCACCUAGUAUGCUCCGAGGGGGGCUUUACAAGUGGUAUCACCAAGGACCAGAGGUUGUCAUCAAGAUACCCCACGAUGAACACACCUGGGUUGAACGAAAUCGUCGUCAAGAAAAUGGAGAUGAUAUUAUACAGGUGAUGGGUCUACGUCUCGAAGUCCACGAAAAAGAUGCGGAAUUCGAUGAAAACGGAGUGCCUGAAGUUUUGGCAGGAGUUGACCACAUAAUUCGUAUCUUCGGAAAAAAUUUCGUGGAUAGCAUGGUGGUUACCUUCACAGAUAGGAAAAGUAAUUCGGAAAGGACGUGUCAGUUUCCGAAGAACGGUCUUGAAUUCACGGUAAUUAAUGGUAGUUUUUCCCCGGAAACCGCAAGAGUGAAGAUAAAUUUACCACCAAUGGGCACCUCCGAAGUUCUAUACAUGUGCGCCAAAGAAUCCAACUCCACCGUUUUUGUCCACCAAGGCGACGACAUUUGGCUCCAAAUCCGGACUUACGAAACUUUACUGCCUUUGACAGUGACCAUUUUAAUAGUGUGUUCAUGUCUGUUUUUCUCGGCGUUAUUCUCCGGCUUGAAUCUGGGUCUGAUGUCUCUAGAUAGGACCGAAUUGAAAAUUUUGUGCAACACGGGCACUCCGAACGAACAGAAAUACGCAAGAGCCAUACAGCCAGUGCGAAAUCACGGCAAUUACCUGCUGUGCAGUAUCUUGUUAGGGAACGUGUUCGUCAAUUCUAUAUUCACGAUUUUAUUAGACGGGCUCACUUCGGGCUUGGUGGCUGUUGUUUUUUCGACAAUCGCUAUUGUUUUAUUCGGUGAGAUCACACCCCAAGCGAUUUGUUCGAGACAUGGAUUAGCGGUUGGUGCAAAGACUAUUUACAUCACUAAAUGUGUGAUGAUAAUGACUUUCCCGUUGGCGUAUCCAGUAUCGAAAAUUUUGGAUUGUAUACUAGGGGAAGAGAUCGGGAACGUCUACAACAGGGAGAGGUUGAAGGAGCUUGUUAAGGUUACUACCGACGUUAAUGAUCUCGAUAAAGACGAAGUGAACAUAAUUAGCGGCGCUUUGGAACUCCGUAAAAAAACCGUCGUCGACGUAAUGACUAAGAUCGAAGAUGUAUUUAUGUUGGACUACGAAGCAGUUUUGGACUUCGAAACCGUGUCGGAAAUUAUGAAGUCAGGAUAUUCACGCGUACCGGUGUUUGAAGGCAAUCGUCAGAAUAUCGUGACUAUGCUUUACAUUAAAGACUUGGCGUUCGUUGAUCCAGAUGACAAUACUCCAUUAAAGACACUGUGUCAAUUUUACCAGAAUCCAUGCAAUUUCGUGUUUGAGGACGUCACACUUGAUGUUAUGUUCAAAAUAUUCAAAGAGGGCAAUAAAGGUCAUAUGGCUUUCGUUCAUAGGGUUAACAAUGAAGGAGAAGGCGACCCGUUUUAUGAAACCAUCGGUAUUAUUACUCUUGAAGAUGUUAUUGAAGAGUUGAUUCAGGCUGAAAUUAUGGAUGAGACUGACGUCUUCACUGAUAAUAGGUCUAAGCGACGACGAACCGCUGAAAGAAGACAAGAUUUUAGCGUUUUUGCUGAACGGCGUGGGGAAGGCAAUAGAAUUCGUAUUAGUCCACAACUGACAUUAGCAACUUAUCAAUUCUUGAGCACAGCUGUUGAACAUUUCCUUCCCAGUGUUAUUUCAGAAACAAUUCUGAAACGGUUGCUUAAGCAAGACAUUGUCUAUCACAUUAAAAAGAACAAGGAGUGGCGCACAGAUCCAACUAAUAUUAUCUAUCAGCAAGGGAAAAACUCUGAUUAUUUUGUACUUAUUUUAGAAGGACGUUGCGAAGUGACAAUCGGUCGAGAAAAUUUAACGUUCGAAGCGGGACCGUUUACAUUUUUUGGCACCCAAGCUCUUAUACAAAGCAUUGGGAUUGCGGAAUCACCAUCUGCACCUACUUCCACCCUAGGUAGUCUAGAAUCACUGAAUUUAGACGCCUUGAUCCGUCACACUUUCCAACCUGAUUACACUGUUCGUGCAUCGACAGAAGUAAUUUAUAUUCGUAUUAAGCGUAGUCUAUAUCUGGCAGCUAAAAGAGCUACUUUGAUGGAGAGGUCGCAGCGCGAUCAUACCAACGAACAUUUUGAUGAAGAAGUUGAUAAGCUUCUUCAUUCGCUGGAGGAAGACGAUGCGGAAAGUGGCGGACGAAGAACCCCAAGAAAACGUUCUUCAAAAAAUCUGAAUCAACAACAAGAGAUGAAUCUGAGUCCAAAGACUCCUUCGUUGUAUUCAAAUGUGAGUCCUCCACAUAGGAUAAGUCAAAGAGAUAUUAAUGGUUCGGUGAUAUCGAGUCCCGUUGAAGACUCUCAUCUUACGAAAGACGAAGAAGUUUCACUCUUGUCGAAAAAGUCAUAACAUAGACACACUGACUCUGCCAUAACAGAGUCACACUUGUACUUAAUUUCUCUGUUAAAAGUUUCUCUAGGUUAAGCAGAAAUUCCUUACCUCUGUAACAACCUGGUAGGUACAGAUUAAAAAUUUUAUUGUUAGAGUUGUUGAAGUUACAUAAAAGAAAUAGUGACAAUUACAUGUAAGCUUUCAUGAAGAUAUAGAUUUAUAGUUUGGGAAAAUUCUCUUGUUUCAUAAUAUAGUAGGUAAAUUGAAUACAGUAACGAGACCGAGAGAAUUAAUCAUGAACUUGGCUCCACUAGGGCAAUGCCAAGUUGCCUAAUAUUUUUAUAUUAUAGGUACGUUAAUUAUAAUUCAAGUUAUUUACAAUUGUAUUCCGAAUGUUGUCUAAACCUUAUAUGAACAUGUGAUGUUUUGUGUUUUAUUUUCGCUUUUAUUUUUACUUUGAUUGUUGCUGAUGCGGUACAACACAUGUAAAACCCGGUUACAAUUUACGUGAUUAUUUUUGUUCAUAUGAAGCAUAUGUGCAAUCUAACAUUAACUAACUCAUAAAGGUACUUAACGGCCGAAACUAACUUCGAAAUGAACCAGAAAAAAUAUUGUGAUUUUUGUUUGCAUGUACUAGUUAUUGUAUAGUUGUAGAAAGAAAUUCAUACUUAUUAUGUUUUGUCAUUUAUGAUGAAUUUAACUUUAUUUUUGUGUUACUUUUUAUUUUAUCAGCGUUUUGUUAUAUAAUAAAUAAAAUGAAGUAGUA